AUGCUUCUGUGUCUCUGUUUCAUCCUGAUGCUGCUCUGGUCCUUCCCCCGCGCCCGUCUGGUCAUAGCCUCCGCCUGUCCCAUUGGCUGCUGUUGUUCCCAGCCUGGUGCCCUGGUCCUCUGUGAGUUUUUGGGUCUAAGGUCCCUCCCUCACUCUGUACCCCUCAACACCUCUGUUCUCUCCAUGGCCCAUAACCUGCUCUGCAACAUGGAUCAUCUGCUCCAGCCCUUUUUUGGCCUGCAGGAGCUGAGUCUCAGCCACAACCAGCUGGACCACUUCCCCCGUGGCUUGCCUCCCAGCUUGGAGAGCCUGCAGCUUCGGGAGAACCUGAUUACCUACAUCACCACGGGAGCGCUGAGACAGCUAGGCAAUCUCAUCCGCCUUGAUUUAGAGGAGAAUCGCAUACGAGCCAUCCAGCCCGGUGCCUUGCUAGGCCUGAGCAGGCUCAAAAUGCUGAUCGUCAGGGGCAACCGUUUGUCAAGCCUACCCCUGUACAUGCCACCUUCACUGACCCACUUAGACGUGUCAGCAAACUGCAUUCUGGCACUGGAACUACCCUCUCUUGUCAGGCUUGUUAACCUGCAAAUCUUCAAAAUCAACAGCAACUGCUUACAGUCUGUCCCUGAGGCGGCGUUUGACAGCCUCCCCCGCCUCUACUCUGUGGAGCUGGCUAAUAACCUGUGGGUGUGUGAAUGUGACAUCAUGUACUUGUACCGCUGGCUGCAGAGUGGCAGGCUGACCACGGCUGGCGACCUGGUGUGUACCGCACCACUCCAUUUGGCACAUAAGAUGCUGGUCACACUUUCUAUCACAGUAAUAUGUCCAGGGAAACAAGCUGACGAAGUUACACAUGGAAAAUCAAGGUCUCAAGGCAAGGCUACAGGGGUGGACUCUGAAUCACCAGUAAAAAUGACUCAAGCCCUGACAGAACUCUACCCAGGUUCACCGCAAACUCCAACAAAAAGUGGAAAACUCAUUCGUUCAGAGGAAAUUACCCAAGACACCCGUUACCACACAGACUUUUCCGCUACCCACCUCUUGGCAAACUCCUACUCUUUAGGGGGCCUAACUUAUGAAGACUGCCUGUCCUUGAAUAAGUCUAAAACAGCGGCCAGCACUCCCUCUCCUGAGAGAGAGACUAGUUGCUUAGAUCAGUCCACAGGACCCCCGCCAGCAGCCCUGUCUUCUGUGGCCCAGCCAGCCAGCACUCCUUCCCCUGCUGGUGAGAGUGGGCUCCACUCCUCCCCCUCCGCUCCUCGAGUCUAUUUUCAUCCCAGGGGCAUGGAAGUGGUCACAGUUCUGUCUAUACUCUGUGUGCUGACUGGCCUACUGCUGGUGGGUGUGUCACUGCUACUGAAAAUGGCCCUACUGCAUAAUCAAAGAGUAUUUCCCAUGCAGCCGUCUUAG